AUGGAGGAUGCGGAGAAGCAAGUCGACUGCUCUUCAUAUCGCGGGCCGAGCAUCGAGACGGGCGCAUAUGAAAAUCUCAAUCGUCACAGUGCUUUGCAACCUCCUAAUGCACUGUUACUGCCCACAGACACGAAAAGCCCAGAUGGAGGAUGGUCUGGUUGGCUGGUUGUUUUUGGCGCAUUCCUCGCACUUUUCUGUUCGUUUGGUCAAAUGAACGCUUUCGGAACAUACCAGUCGUGGUAUUCGGAUCAUCAGCUUUCUAAUCAUUCGCAAUUCAGUAUUUCUUGGAUUGGAUCCCUUCAGCUAUGUACUUUUUUCUUCAUGGGAGGACCUGUAGGACGCAUUUUUGACGCCUACGGACCGACACCCGUGAUGAUCUUUGGGACACUGCUACUAGCGUUCAGCACAUUGAUGACCAGCAUCUCCAUGGAGUAUUAUGAAUUCUUAUUGUUCCAAGGAUUCUUCUUUGGCCUUAGUGUUGCGUCGCUUUUCUAUCCCUCUUUGGCUGCGGUUUCAACUUACUUUGAUAAGUACCGUGCAUCGGCUCUUGGCGUUGUGGCCGCCGGCUCUGGUCUUGGUGGCGUCGUUUAUCCCAUCAUGCUUCGCCAACUCUUCGUGCGCGUUACUUAUCCAUGGGCAGUUAGAGCAUCAGCGCUACUUUCUGUGGCAUGUUGCAUCGUGUCGCUAUUUACCGUAAGGCAAAAGGGUGGUAAGAAAUGCCCAGGACGGAUAGGUGUCAAGACGUUCAAGGAUGCGUCCUUCUUGCUUCUUGUUACUGGAUCCUUCUUCAUCUGCCUCGGCUUGUUCACUCCAUUCUUCUACAUCGUGAGUUACGCCGAGGAUCGAGCACUCGUUUCUGAGCAAACUGCAUUUUACGUCCUGUCAGUAAUGAAUGCUGGGGGUAUAUUCGGCCGUAUCGUUCCCGCGAUCCUCUCUGACAAGAUAGGACGCUUCAACCUCCUUAUUCCCGCCGCCUUCUUGGCGGGUCUAUCUUGCCUCGUUUUUUGGAUGCUUGCGAAGACCAUGAUCGCUGUGAUGACCUUUGCGGCGGUCUAUGGUUUUCUAUCCGGCGCAUUCAUAUCUGUCAUUACACCGUGCGUCGCGCAGAUAUCAGAUAUCAACGAGAUUGGGUCUCGAAUGGGAGCAUUGUAUACGCUUAUCUCUCUCCCCUCUCUUGUUGGCGGACCCAUUGCAGGAGCUCUUAUUCAGGACCAGAGAGGUUCUUACACCGCAAUGAUUGGGGUGUCGGGAUCAACCAUCAUCUUUGGGUCCUUGUUCAUCCUAGUUUGCAGAUUCAAGAUGAACCGAAACAUCUGUGCAAGAGUGUAG